AUGGAGAUAAAUCUCUUUUCCAGCGAAAUGGGCUUGCAAGAGUGUGUUGAGAGAUACCAUGGUGAUAAUUUCAUAAGUCGAUUACCCGAUGACAUUCUCCUUGUUAUCCUAUCUUUCCUCCCAUUGAAAGAAGCUGGGCGAACAAGUGUUCUUUCAUCUCGUUGGAGAAACCUGUGGAGUUACACUUUACAUCUCAACUUUGAUGACCAUAACUCGAUGGAGAAGAUUAUGGAGGAUCCAGAAUUUGGCAAUGAGAGUGUUGAGAGGGAAAAGUAUGUAAAGUGGGUGGAUUCGGUUCUCCAAUCACACCGAGGGUCCACUGUGAAAGAAUUAAGAAUAUGCUUUAGUUUAGUCAAAUCAGCCACAAAGUCAAUUACGAAGUGGCUGGAAUUUGCUUUUGAGAGGCACACUGAAAAGUUGGAGUUGAACCUUUCAGAUGGUGUCGGUAGUCAUCACCCAGAGGAAAUGUACGUGUUUCCUCAAGAGUUAUGCAGUUCAGACCGUCUUUACAAAUCUAGUGGAGUUUUCAACUUUAAGCCCAUAAAAAUAUUGUUCUUGGGCUGUGUUCUGGGGCUUCUAUCGAUGAUCAAAUUCCCCAUGAUGCCUAAACUUAAGAAGUUGGUCAUCAUUGGUAAUUUAAGUGGUGUGGACUCGAGUCUUCUUGGCCUAGCUGAUUUUAUCAAUGCAUCUCCCAACCUGCAAGAAUUUGAGAUACAGCAAAGGUGGUAUAAAGCUGAAAGGUCAAACAACGAAAUUCAGAAGGGAUUGAAGCACUUCCCACUGCACCAGCACCUGAAUGUUCUUCGUUUUUUAGGUUAUUAUGCUUGCCCGAGUGAUUUUGAAUUAGUCAAUUACUUGUUGGAAAGCUGUGUCGCGCUUCAGGAAAUCUUUGUUGAUACCCAAUCUCAGCUACGUUUGGCCUACAAUCCACUUGAUUCUAAACAGUUAGAAUUGGCUGAAAUAGCAAAGGUUUACGCCAAACAGCAGCUGGAGCCGCUAGUACCUAAGCACAUUAGGUUAUUUAUAUGCUAA